CCCCCCAGCCUCUCCAGAGAGAGGGGACGGAGAGAGAGAGAGAGACACUUGGAACCACGGAAAGAAGACCGUUUCUGGAUCCCGGCUCCUUUUUGCCCUCAAUCCGGGCCUAAUGCUGUAACAGACCGCGCAGGUGGAGCGACAGAGCGCAACGCACUGAUUGAGAGCCGGUGAGGGACAGGGCGGACGGGAGAGACGACGGGAUUGUUCAUUCGCCUGGAAACAUGGGAUGUACACUGAGCGCCGAGGAGCGCGCAGCUCUGGACCGGAGCAAGGCCAUCGAGAAAAACCUGAAAGAGGACGGGCUUGUCGCCGCCAAGGACGUCAAACUGCUUCUGCUCGGCGGCGGAGAGUCCGGCAAAAGCACCAUCGUCAAACAGAUGAAGAUUAUCCAUGAAGAUGGCUUUUCUGGGGAUGACAUGAAGCAGUAUAAGCCUGUGGUCUACAGCAACACCAUCCAGAGCCUGGCAGCCAUCCUCCGAGCCAUGGACUCACUGGGCAUUGAGUUUGGAGACAAGGAUAGAAAAGCUGAUGCUAAGCUGGUUUGUGAUGUGGUCAGCCGUAUGGAGGACACUGAGCCGUACUCAGCAGAGCUUCUCACUGCAAUGAAACGUUUAUGGGCUGAUGCUGGGAGUCAGGAGUGCUUCAACCGUUCCCGGGAAUACCAGCUUAACGACUCUGCUAAAUACUACCUGGACAGUCUAGACCGGAUCGGGGCGACUGACUACCAGCCCACAGAGCAGGAUAUCCUGAGAACCCGAGUGAAGACCACUGGCAUCGUUGAAACCCACUUCACCUUCAAAAACCUCCAUUUCAGGUUGUUUGACGUGGGAGGUCAGAGGUCAGAGAGGAAGAAGUGGAUCCACUGCUUUGAAGAUGUGACAGCCAUUAUCUUUUGUGUUGCUCUAAGUGGAUACGACCAGGUGCUCCAUGAAGAUGAAACAACUAACCGCAUGCAUGAGUCCCUCAUGCUCUUCGACUCCAUCUGUAACAACAAGUUCUUCAUCGACACCUCCAUCAUCCUCUUCCUCAACAAGAAGGAUCUGUUUGGUGAGAAGAUCAAGAAGUCGCCGCUGACGAUCUGCUUCCCAGAAUACACAGGUGCUAAUACUUACGAAGACGCUACUGCAUAUAUUCAGGUUCAGUUUGAGAGUAAGAACCGCUCGCCCAAUAAGGAGGUCUACUGUCACUGUGCCACAGACACAGGAAACAUCCAGGUAGUGUUUGAUGCCGUCACUGACAUCAUUAUUGCAAACAACCUUAGAGGGUGUGGCUUGUACUGAGGCCCGGCCAAGCACAGAGGUUGUCAUGGAGAGAAUGAGGCGUUAAUAAUGAUACUUUUGAUGAUACUUAAACAUAAAUAUAUAAUUCUACACGUCCAAAUGGACCUAAAGAGCUGCCGUCAGACACCACACUGGGUUAUUGCCAUGAUUUGUUCUCUUCCUCUUACUUUGAUUCCAAGUUACAACCCCAGUUUUGUCUUAUCAGAGUGUGUUUUUGAGCAAAGUGAUUCAUAUUUUGUUGAUGACUGCGUCAACAACUGGGAAGGCCACAGCACCAGGGCUUUAUUCAGCUCAAGUCUUGAUUUGAAAAUCUCAGCCCAGAAAUGCAUCAUGAGGGUCAUGUAAAGUCAUUUUUAACCAGAAUGCGGAUAUAGUCCUGUUCCUUAUGUGAUAUUUUUUGUACAAGUCUCGAGACGUAUAUCUCUACUGAAAACAGCCUCUGGUGCUCGGUUUGAAGGACUGCUGCAUGUAUGGAGACGGAGGUGAUAAAAAGACGAUGUUGGGGAUGUACUCUAUUUGUGGCUAAGGGUCAUGGCUGGAAAUAAGGAGGCUAAUUUCACAGAAGGGACAAAGCUCUCCUCUCCUUCAGACCCGCUCAUGCCUGAGUAGCCUACAGGUUUUGUUUUCUUUUACUAUAAAACAUAAUGAAAGAGAGGACUCUUCUGUUCAGAGCGGCUGCCUGUUGCCAUUGGCCUUCUGUAGCAUAAGAAAAUGCCUGUCAGCCAAUAAUAUCUUAAAAACAAACAAACAAAAAAAAAAACUGUCAUAUCGGUUCCAACCAGCUAAGAACAAUGAAUAGGGAUUAGGAUCUGAAAUUAUAGCCCAUACUUUCAACUAAUAUUAUUUAACAAACAGAUUUAACAUUUUAUUAUCAUCAAAUUAUUUAUUUAAGCCUCAUGCCCUCCAUGCCUCCUCCUACCUCCUGAAACCCCAUGCCACAUAUUUAUUUGCUGUCAUGAAAAACUGGGGUACACCGAUACCUGCCUAGAGAUCAGAGGGUACAAAGCAGCUCUCCAGUGACAUCUUGUUCUCUGUGUGAUGCUUUACCCUUCGCUGGCGGCCUCUGUCUGGGGACUCGGGGGUUUUUAACUCUCUUCUUCUCGGAUCAGUAAACAGGGAACCAUUAGCCAUUUUCACCCAUGCACCCGAAAACUCAUCUUUCCAUCCCUGUAUACUCUUUAUCUGUCACAUAUCAGUCCUCAUGUCCAAUCUCCAUUUUCAUCUUAAAAACACCUGUACUGUAUAUAUAUAUAUGAUUAUACCAGAUUUUUUUUUUUUUUUUUAUUGUGAAUGUUUUUGUGCUGCACCCCAUCUUAUUUAGUAGUUUAUUGAUUGCUCUCAUGUG